AUGUCCAAAGAACUCCGAGUCGGCGUCCUCUUCACUGGUAUAGUCCAACUCCUCGACCUGGCCGCCGUCGACAUCUUCGGCAUGACCACACCCGAAUACCUCACCAUUUGCGGUCUUCCCAAAGAAACCGUCAACCUGGCCCGACCACUUAAGCUCUACUAUAUUGGAUGCCCAUCAGCCACCACACUGCAAACAAACAACCCUUCGAAUGUAGUGCAAGUCACCUCCACGGCCGGCGUAUGUCUUACGCAUACCAUUGAUGACAAAGAUGUCAGUCCGGGAAACCUCGAUAUUCUUGUUAUCCCGGGUCCUGAGCCAACCACUAUCCCAGACGAAAAGACUCAAGAGUUUGUGCGAGCGCACAAUGAGAAUAAGACGACUUUUUUGGUGAUUUGUAGCGGUGCAUUUGUGACGGCUCGCUCGGGCAUAUAUGGAGGUCGACAUGUAACAGGACCCAGGGCAUUUUUGCCUGUAUUGAAGAAGGAGUUUCCUACUGCGACGUGGGAUGACUCGGUGAGAGUGGUGCAAGACGGGCAUCUUUGGACUGCUGGUGGUAUCACGAAUGGUAUGGAUCUAGUGGCCGCAUAUUUGAAAGCGACUUUCCCGCCUUCUGUAGCGGAGAUAGUGUGCUCAAUGGCUGAGGUAGGCGAUCGACCCUUGAAGUAUGCGGCAAGCGUAAACUAG